GCCGAGAUUAACCCUUUCAUUGUGCCGCCAUUUAUUGGCUGGCUUGACAUAAAGGCUCUAAACGCCGCCCACCGUAGGGGGACGAGGGGGUUAAGUGAAGGCUGAAUGCUUCUAUUCCUGUCUGAGUUGUGAAUUUGCGGGGUCUCAUUCAUGCCAAUGACAUCAGCCGCCUCCCCAUGGCAACUAGAGGCUGUAGUAAAAUUCCCAGGCAACAUUUAAGUCAGAAGGUGCCGAAAGAGAACAGGUUGGAUGAGAGUCAUUAAAGGAGGGAUUGGAUUUCUCCAGCGAGGGACGCACCUUAGCAUUGGAUGGACGUGUUACAUGGUCCGGUGUUAUUUUAGGACACCAGCGAGGAAUUGUCCUUUAUCGGGGGGUCCGGCGUCGGCUUUGUUCCUUACUGGAGAGAAGGUGGUUGACCUUCUCUUCUCGUUGAUGGUCUACGGAGAAGUAACUCAGCAGGUGCUCUGGCUCAGAAUGAGGAACCAUCUACGCUUUUCGCUCCGGCGCUCUGUUUGGAGAACAUUACCUUGUGUUAUUGCGGGGACGGCGAUUCUGCACCCGCUAUAGUGGAUCCGGCACUUCCUAGGUUGCAGUCUCCCGGGACGCAGUUUAACAUCAUGUUUCGCAAAAAGAAAAAGAAACGGCCCGACAUCUCCGCUCCUCUGAAUUUUCAGCAUCGUGUACAUACCUCCUUUGAUGCCAAGGCGGGCAAGUUUGUUGGCCUUCCACCACAAUGGCAGAGCGUCCUGGAUACUUUGCGGCGCCCAAAACCUGUAGUGGACCCUUCCCGAAUAACUCCAGUGCAGCUAAAGCCUAUGAAAACGGUUGUUCGAGGCAGCACCAUUGGAUUGGAAGGAUACAUCUCAGGGAUAUUGGUUGAUAUUCAAAAACUGUCUGUAACCAGCUCUAACACUCUCAGGCGGAGUCCCCUGGCAAGAAGGCGAGCUCAGUCUUUGGGAGUGCUUGGAGAGGAGAGGCCACCAAACAAUGGACAAUAUGUUGUACCAGAGCCAAAUGUAUAUGACAAGUAUUCCAACUACAUUAAUUGCAAUGGUGACUCUAAGGCCAACAGGAGGCAGACCAUGUGGCCGGACUACAAACCUACAGAUGAGAGCCCGUCCAAACCCAAUGGUUCUGUUUGUAAAGCAAAGUCUUUGGAUCCUGGAGACUUUCAGGAUACAGUGGAUCAUCAGGCCAAAUCUCCUAGCGGUUUACUUAAGAACAUUCAUGGGGGUAGUAGCUUUGAGCAGGACACCCGUGCUACAAAAAGACAGCUAUCCCAUGAGACUCUGUUAGAAGAGGGUCCUAUCUCCAAAUCUACUGAGAGUAUUACAAAACCGGGACUAUUAAGGAGUGGUUUUGAGCCUUCAGGCAAUGAGAAGGGUUCAGAGAAGCCUAUCCCAGGACCACAGAGAAAGAACGAGGAAUAUCAUCGACCCCUAUUAUCUGCAAGAGGAAUUUUGGCCAAAGCUGCUUCUCUUCCACCUGAUCAUUUAGCUCCCGAUUUCUCAAGGGUUGUUUCAGGGACACCAUCAGAGCGAGUAUCUCCUCUCCGACCAUGCAGGCCUUCUCCUGCCGGUUCUCCACGUAGCCGCCCCAUUCAAACCAGCUCCACCAACCUCCAUUUAUGUCAGGACUCCUUUAACAAAUUCCCAUUGGGUAACCAGGACACCGCAGUGGUAACCCAUGAGCAGUUCAAGACAGCACUUCGGAUGGUGGUAGAUAAGGGAGAUCCCCGUCUGCUACUAGAGGACUAUGUGAAAAUUGGGGAAGGGUCGACUGGAGUUGUUUGCAUUGCUCGAGAGAAGCACAGUGGGCGCCAGGUGGCCGUAAAAAUGAUGGACCUAAGAAAGCAACAAAGGAGAGAGCUUCUGUUUAAUGAGGUUGUUAUCAUGCGGGAUUACCAGCAUGCCAAUGUGGUGGAGAUGUAUAAGAGCUAUCUGGUGGGAGAAGAACUGUGGGUUAUGAUGGAGUACGUACAAGGAGGUGCUCUGACUGAUAUUGUAUCACAGACCAGAUUAAAUGAGGAGCAGAUUGCUACUGUUUGCAAGUCCGUGCUGCAAGCUCUGGUGUACCUGCACUCCCAGGGCGUGAUCCACAGAGACAUCAAGAGUGACUCCAUACUUCUCACACUAGAUGGUCGGGUGAAGCUUUCUGACUUUGGGUUUUGUGCUCAAAUUAGCAAAGAUGUUCCAAAGAGGAAAUCCUUAGUGGGCACUCCAUACUGGAUGGCACCUGAGGUCAUUAUGAGGUUGUCGUAUGGCACAGAGGUGGAUAUCUGGUCGUUGGGGAUUAUGGUGAUUGAGAUGGUGGAUGGUGAACCUCCCUACUUCAGUGACUCUCCUGUGCAGGCCAUGAAAAGAUUGCGAGACAGUCCUCCGCCUAAACUGAGGAACUCGCACAAGGCAUCCCCAAUUCUGCGAGAUUUCUUGGACCGAAUGUUGACCCGAGAAGCAGCCGAAAGAGCCACGGCCCAGGAGCUUCUCGACCACUUUUUCCUGCUCCAGGCCGGCCUUCCUGAAUGUUUGGUUCCGUUGAUCCAGAAAUAUCACAAGAGGAACUCUACCUGCUAAUCCUAGGGGGGGAAAGAAAAACAAAAAACAAUACAUAAGUACAAGAGGCUUUUUUUUUUCCAUAGAAAAACCUGUUCAUGUAUCUACACCACCUUUGCCUAUUUUUUCCUAAAGAGAGCCCUGAAUGAUACAACAACCUCCGUAUUAAAGGAGUACUCCGGUGGGGGGGAAAAAAAUUCUAAUCAGCUGGUGCCAGAAAGUUAAACAGAUUUGUAAAUUACUUCUAUUUAAAAAUCUUAACCCUUCCAGUAUUUCUCAGCUGCUGUAUGCUACAGAGGAAGUUGUGUAUUUUUCAGUCUGACCACAGUGCUCUCUGCUGACACCUCUGACCAUGUCAGGAACUGUCCAGAGUACCAGAGUAGAAGCAAAUACCCAUAGCAAAUCUAUCCUGCUCUGGACAGUUCCUGAUAUGGACAGAGGUGGCAGCAGAGAGCACUGUGGUCAGACUGGAAAGUACUACACAACUUCCUCUGGAGCAUACAGC